CUGUCAGUUUCAUAACUUUUUUUUAAGUCUUUGAAUUAUCUCCAAUUGGAAUUUGAUCUUGAAAUAUCUUGAUAGAACCUCGCAAUGUUCGCCGCUCGUCGUGCAGUUACCAAAGUGCUCAGCAAUGUAAGAGCUAAGCAUUGCUUACCCGAUUUACCCUAUAGCUACGAUGCACUGGAGCCAGUCAUCUGCAGGGACAUCAUGAUACUCCACCACCAGAAACAUCAUCAGACGUAUGUCAACAACUUGAACAUCGCUGAAGAGAAAUUGGAAUGUGCUUUGGAAAAGAAGGAUGUCAGCACUGUUAUUUCCCUGAUGCCAGCUAUUCGUUUUAACGGUGGUGGCCACAUCAACCACAGCAUUUUCUGGGAGACCCUCAGCCCGAACUCAUCUCAACCCAACGCGCGCGUCGAAUCUAUCAUUAAGCAGUCUUUUGGUAACUUAGACAUGAUGAAGCAGGAAUUGUCUGCAGCUGCUAUCGGCAUCCAGGGCUCUGGAUGGGCCUGGCUUGGAUUCUGCCCAAAGACAGGUAAAUUUAGGGUUGCCAGUCUGCCCAAUCAGGACCCGUUGCUGGGGACAACCGGCAUGGCCCCCUUGUUCGGUAUCGACGUAUGGGAGCACGCCUACUAUUUGCAGUACAAAAACGUGAGGGCCGACUACGUCAAGGCGAUGCUCGACCUCAUCAAUUGGGGAAAGAUCAACGAGCUUGUCGACGAUGCGAUGGGUUGCAGCAAGUGAAUGAAAAUAACCUUAAAUGUGUAACACUAGAAAUUCACUUACAAUAAUAAUACUUAUUAUAAAUAUUCUAAAAAUAUAAUCGAUUCUAGUUAUAAAUAAACAGGAACGCUGUGUAAUCGUAA